GCGCAGGCAAGAGGGAGGUUGAGGGCUGAGAGAGUUUAUAGCCUGGAUACGAGCAAAACUAUUGGUAUAGGUUAGGUUUAAAUAAUUGUAAAUUUUUGGGAAUAAUUCAAGUGCCUAUAUACAUACUUUUUAAUAACUAAUUUUAAUUCAACGAAGCAAUAGUUGUCAAUCAUAAUAAAUUAACAUUAUGGUUAAAAUAAUUAGAUAAUGAAACUUUAGUGUAAUUUAAAAAUCAAACAUGGCUCAAAUAAUAAAUUCGACUCAAUCAGUAGUUCAGCAAGCAUACGAUUAUUACCUAUGGACCUUAACUUUAUCAGACGAAAGAACAAAAGGAUGGCCACUAGUAGACUCCCCAAUUCCAACUAUAAUUUUCACAGCAUUAUAUCUCUUCUUAGUACGAAUAGGACCUAAAUAUAUGGAAAAACGUGAACCAUUCAAAUUAACGAUGCUCCUAGUACCGUACAAUAUGGCAAUGGCAGGAUUGAAUUUUUAUAUUGCAUUUGAGUUACUCACUGCAUCGACAAGACUGAAAUACAGUUACAUUUGCGAGCCAUGUCGGCAGAGUCAAAAUCCUGAUGAAUUACAGAUUGCAAAUGCUGUGUGGUGGUAUUACUUUUCAAAACUCCUAGAAUUUGCCGAUUCCUUCUUUUUCAUUUUAAGAAAAAAGAAAAACCAACUUUCGUUCCUGCACGUAUACCAUCAUUCAACCAUGUUCAUGCUCUGGUGGAUUGGCAUUAAAUGGGUACCAAGUGGUUCAACCUUUUUGCCCGCUAUGGUUAAUUCGUCCAUUCACAUUUUGCUCUACACCUACUAUGGCCUUUCAGUCUUCGGUCCAAGAGUUACCAAAUAUCUAUGGUGGAAAAAAUAUCUCACAAUUCUGCAACUUAUCCAAUUCACUUGUGCUUUGAUCCUUGGUGUAAAUGGUAUAAGAACAGGUUGUGAGUUUCCUUUGUGGAUGCACUAUACACUUAUCAUCUACAUGGUUUCUUUCAUUGUCCUCUUUGGAAACUUCUAUGUUACAGCUUACAUGGACAAAGGGAACCAAGUUUUCUUCGGAAUGGACGUUACAGGCUGUGGUCAAGGAAAUCGUUACGAGCAAGACGCUUACGUUCGAAAUGAAGGAAAGAAAGUAAACUAGACAGGAAAAUGUUUUAUUUCAAAUGCAACAAAAUUAUGUAUUUGAAAAAUACCAUGGUCAAUAUUUAUACGAAUUUUUAUAAAAAUAUAUUUAAACUAUUUAGGCUAUUUUAGGAUGCAGAUUUCAAAUUUCUUGUGUUUUUUUAAUCUAGACAACAUUUUGGGAGUUUGUUUUUAUUAUGCCUCAAAAUCAAUUAUAUCAUUUUAUUAUUGAAUUGUUUCGUUACACGUUUCAUAUUAUAUGAUUUCAUUAAAUAAGCUAUUAUGUUUUAUUAGUCUAUUUAUAUAUUAUUUUUUAAAUUAUUGUUACAAGUUCAGUAAAAGGCUAUUAGCUAUAUUUAUUUUUACGGUUAAUAUUAUACUAUAUGCAUUUUGUAUAUAAAAAUGAUAAAAAUAUAUUUCAUUUAAGUAUAGAAUAAUAGCCAGUUUGAUUAUCUUGUUGUUAAAUUUUAUUUGAAAUCUUUGGGGUACCUACGUAGUUUUUAAGAUUAAGGACACUGCCAUACAGAUAUUGAUUUUCUUCCAAUCAAAGUACCUACGUACAUGUAUUUUAACAGCUAUUUAGAAUACUUACUUCAAAAUAAUUUUGCUUAAAUGACUACCCUCGUUUGUGGGUUAACUAGUCCAAUAAUCAUAAUUAUUGCAAUAUUUUGAUAGUUUUAAUUUUAAUAUAAAAAGUAUUCUGAUAUUAGUGUCGAGUUUGGGGCAAGUUUGGGCAUCUGCCAGCUGACAGCAUAUUAUUUUUUUCUUCAUUAUCAGCUAAAUUAGCCCAUUGAUCAACAUUUUGACUGCUUUAUAUUAAGUAGGAACAUUUUAACUUAUCGGUACUUAUAGCAUAAUUGCAGGAGUAUGAUGAUAAUGCUCUACCAAACGUGAUAAUCUAAAUGUACUUACAAGAAGGUGUUUAAUAUAAUAUGGCGUCAUAUUGGCCUUACUUGCCCAUAAGCAUACCUUUCAUAAUAUACUAUAAUCAAUGUAUUAUUAUUUGUUUCAAAGAUAAUACCUCAAAUCACUUGUAUAAACAGAUGUUCCAUGGCAAUAUUUUAAAAGAAGUUCUGCUAUAAUACGGGCCUAUUUGGGGAAUCUGGAUCGUCUUAUUGACAAUAUUACCUAAUAUCAAAACAUAUAGAAUAAACUUUUUG